AUGGGCAAUGUACACGGCAGACGCUCUCCUCGAUCUACCACUACAAAUCAUGCCCAAGAGAUCAAACCCUCAGCCAAGAACGCAGCCAUGGAGACGCUGGAGCCGAUCCAGCAAACCCUGGGCGAGAUCGACAAACGGAUCCCCGACGCCCUCCGCGCCGCGUUCGGCCUCGAGAAACGAGCCUCGUGCUCCUCCGAGGACGCCAUCGCCAGCUUCUUCGCGCUGUAUCUAGAGCCGCCGCAUCAUCGGGAGCGCCGCGAGCGCGACGGCGAGGAGCCGCGGGCUCUGAGGAUGAACUGGGCCUCAUGCUACGCGCCGCGCCACAACGAGGACGCGCACUUCGGGCACGACGAGGCCGGCGUCGUCGGCGUGGCGGACGGCGUCGGCGGGUACCGCAAGAAAGGCGUGGACGCCGGCGCCUUCUCGCGCGGGCUCAUGACGAGCGCCUUCCUGCAGGUGCUGGCGACCGAGUCCGGCACGCCCGUCUGCCCGUACACGCUGCUGGAGCGGGCGUACGAGGAGACGGUUGCCUCGGCCGCGAAGGGGGGGUCCACGGCGGUCAUCCUCUCGCUCGCCGGCACGGCUCUCAAGUGGGCGUUCAUCGGCGACAGCGCGUUCGCCGUGUUCCGAGACGGCAGGCUCGUGCACCGUUCGCAGCGGCAGCAGAGGCGUUUCAACUGCCCGUUCCAGCUCAAAGCAACCGGAAAAGGGGAGCGCGUGAACAAAGCCGACGUCGGGCAGAUGGCGGUGAGACACGGGGACGUCGUGGUGCUCGGGACAGACGGGCUGUUCGACAACAUGUUCGACGCGGAGCUGGAGGUGGUCGUGCGGAUGGGCAUGGCGCUGGGCUUCUCGCCCAAGAACAUGGCGGACGUCGUCGCGGGCAUCGCUUACGAGAUGUCGACGAGCAAAACCAGAGACUCGCCGUACAGCGCCGACAGCCGGAGGCUACAAGGAGACCAGCGCCGCGGUGGGAAGCCAGACGAUAUUACUGUCGUCGUCGCGUUCAUUGUCUCUCUGUACUCUUGA